UCAGAUCUCUACGAAUCCGCCGAAAGAUAUCGUUUAUAACGUCGCUGUCAUCGGUCCGCCGCAAAUCCGCGCCUCAAAUGCACAGGUGGUCGUCAAGCGCAAUGACAGCUUCACUCUUCGCUGCGACGCCGAAGCCGACAAAAUCGAGUGGCGGCGCGGCCAACGCCUCCUCCAAGCCGUCGGUCCGCAACUGCACGUGCAGAGGGCGCAGCCGUCCGACGCGGGAGUCGUCGAGUGCGUGGCCCAAAAUGCGAUCGGAAGUUCUUCGCAAACCUUCAAAGUACACGUUUUGCAUGAACCGGAAGUCCGCGCAGACGCAGACCUCGUCCACGCGCCCGUCGGCCACCGCCUAGCCAUCACGUGUCACGUGUCGGCCGAGCCGGCGGCGGAAGUGCAGUGGCGGCGGUCGGACAACAGGCGCGUUGAGCCGAACUCUGUGUUCCGAUUGGAGCGCUCGAACGCCUCUUCAGUGCUCGUCAUCGCGAACGUGACGUCUCCCGCGCUGUACGACAACUACACGUGUUUCGGUCUGUCAUCCAAUCGCGUGCUGCCAUUCC